AUGUCUCCCGUGGGAAACGCCAACAUCUCAUCGAAGUGGACAUCAGUGAGAAGAAAGAUUGCUGCAGGAUGCAAGGACGGUAAGAUUCGUACCUACUCCGACAAGACUGGGGAGCAGCUGCAAGUCAUGUCGGGCCCUCGUUUCCCUGUUUCACAUCUGUUCUUUGACGGUGAGACAAUCGUUAGUGCGGCAGCUGCCAAAUAUCAUGAUAAAUAUCACACCACUGUAGACAAUGACGUCUUUGUCAGUAAUGCUGCAGACGGAACCUGUCGCUGUAUCCUCAAGGGCGGCUCGACUCUUCUUGGCGUAGGACGAGAUCGUAGCUGGACUGCCAUGGAGCUUCAAACACACGAAAACGGCAACAUGGAGGGUACGCAGAAAAAUGCAAAUAGUCAGGUGCCUUCUCCAAUGGAGACUCCGCCCAGAGGUUUGGCAACUCCAGAGGAAGCGGUUGAUGCCGACGGUGACCAGCAACCAGCGAAGAGCAGGUUUACAUCCCACCAGAUAGCCACCAUUGUGGGCACCAUUUUGGCCGCGUUUACUAACAUGAUGGCUUUCUCGGUCAUCACGGUGUUCUACCCUAUUGAGGCAAAGAAAAGGGGAAUAUCACAGACAGUUAUUGGGAUGGUGUUCAGCGUAUUUUCCUUGUCAUACGGCAUAGGAUCGCUCCUAAUAGGCAAAAUGAUACCAAUCGUUGGUGCCCGUUUCGUGUUUCUCGCCGGUUCAUUUUUCACGGGAGGAUGUAACAUUCUGUUCGGACACAGGUUUAUUAUCGACAUGCCCACAAUCGCUACUUUCACUGGGUUCAGUUUCGCCAUUCGCAUUUUAGAGGGGCUCGGCUCGGCUGCUGUGCUGACGGCAUCAACGGCCAUCGUAGCUUCUGUAUUCCCUGACGAUGUUGGCAAGGCUGUGAGUCUGGUUGAGACGACUGUCGGCUGUUCUUUUGCAAUUGGGCCAGCAGUAGGCGGCUUGCUGUAUCACGCUGCAGGAUUUAGAAUUCCUUUCUUCGUCCUUGGUGGUAUCGUUCUGUCGACCGUUGUCGUCAAUUGCUUCUUGAUGCCUAAUCAAGGAUCAGGGAACGAGGCUGAGGAGUCUGGUUCUGUGAGCCGAGUGCUCAGCAUACCUGCCGUCUGGAUUGCUUUAUUCGCCAACUUUGUUGGCUUUGCAGCCUACGCGUCCCUGCAGCCAACUCUGGCAAUUUUUCUGGACGAGCUUAAUUUUAGUGUGAUGGCGAUAAGUCUGCUCUUUGUUAGCUUGGGUUUGGGCUACGGCUUAUUCUCAGUGAUCUGGGGUGCCAUUGCGGACGCAAAGAAAUGCGCUAGAACACUGAUUGUAGUAGGUGCAUCCAGCAGCGGGGGACUGUUUCUGCUGUUAGGGCUACCACAGAUUUUGCACUUGCCUGUGACUGGGGUACUUCCUGGCGUUACCAUACCCAUCGCAGCCGCAACGUUUUCCAUGUUGGCUACUCCAACGUUCGUAGACAUGUUACGUUCUGCAGAGUGGUAUGGCAUACCGAGUGGAUUAGGAUUGACUGCUGUUAUAUCUGGCCUUUGGAACAGUGCGUACGCACUCGGCUCAUUGACGGGCCCGUUGCUAGGGGGCGUCAUCACAGAGUAUUACGGGUUCGGCUAUUCGAUUAUGACCAUCGCUUGUACCUCUUUCGCUGUUUUGAUCAUCACGUGUCUUUUUGGCAUCUGGGAGUUUCGAUGCGGAAAAGGGAGGCGGGAACCACGCGAGGCUUUUUCUUCGGAGGACAACUCGAAUGAUCAGGAGAUGAGACUACUGUCUUCAAAGUAGAUUGACAAUUGGUAUAACUGUAUAUUAACCAUCUUGCUGCAAAUGUCCAGCGUAACUGGAAUGUUUUUGUUUCUUUUCGUUACAUACUUUUAUGGUUGAGUUUAUCUGGGAGCCAACUGGACUUCCAAAUAUGGUUGUGCCCAAACUUGGGAGAUGACAUGGAUUCAGGAAUGAUUAUAAGCUCGCAUGACAGGGGUAGUAACAUCACACGCUUUUGUAUUAUUCAACUAAACUAGCGGGGUGGAGUCAUACACGUACUGUACUUAUGUUUACUUUGACCUCAAUUUGCAUGUUGACCACAAGUGGGCGUGGUAAGUCUUGUUGAAAACAUGCAAUAUAAGACAAUUACAUUGCACCUGAAACAACAGUACAACAACCCAUCAGUAUCUAGUGCUGAAUCAACUGUGCCAACAAAAGAGAAACAUCUGGCAUGUCUGGUAGGCCUAUAGUCUCUAUUUGUACACAUUUCCUCAUAAUGUGCAACAUAUUGAAGACAAUUAUCCCUUAAAAAAAUGAAUUGAAUCUUCAAACUUGGUUGGUGAAAUACUGAGGACCUUUUUUUGCCAAAUGAAAUUGUUUGAGACUUCAUGCUAUCAUUUUGCAUGUUUUUCAGCACUCAAGCUCCCAGUCCGGGAUAAUAUGAGCGAUUUUGAACUAGGCUGUCUCGAUACUGCUCCAUAAUCUUAUAAUGUAGGUCUUAAUGAUGAGUUUAGUGAAGAACCAACAUGAGAAGUUUCAUGCUUUAGUAACAUUGUAUCAGCUAUUUGACUUUAAU